UUGUUACCUUUUCGGCUCGCCAACCUCGUCUAGACCAACCGGAUAUGGGGGCAGGAUUUCCGCUUCCGCCUUCUCACUCCUCCAGCUUGUCCUCCGAGAGCAGUCGCCGCCACAGAGGCUGCUGCCGGGCGCGGUGUCGGUGGGUUUGUCGGUGUGUCUCAGCGUCGGUGUCUGUGCCGUUGAACUGCCCGCCAUGGCUGAACUUGAUCCGUUCGGCGCCCCCGCCGGCGCUCCCGGCGGCCCCGCUCUGGGGAACGGAGUGGCCGGCGAAGAAGACCCGGCCGCGGCCUUCUUGGCGCAGCAGGAGAGCGAGAUUGCGGGCAUCGAGAACGACGAGGCCUUCGCCAUCCUCGACGGCGGCGCCCCUGGGCCCCAGCCGCACGGCGAGCCGCCGGGGAGUCCGGAUGCUGUUGAUGGAGUGAUGAAUGGUGAAUACUACCAGGAGAGUAAUGGUCCAACAGACAGUUACGCAGCUAUUUCACAAGUGGAUCGAUUGCAAUCAGAGCCUGAAAGUAUCCGUAAAUGGAGAGAAGAGCAAAUGGAACGCUUGGAAGCCCUUGAUGCCAACUCUCGGAAGCAAGAAGCAGAGUGGAAAGAAAAAGCAAUAAAGGAGCUGGAAGAGUGGUAUGCGAGGCAGGAUGAGCAGUUACAAAAAACAAAAGCAAACAACAGGGUGGCAGAUGAAGCUUUCUACAAACAACCCUUCGCUGACGUGAUUGGUUAUGUCACAAACAUAAGCCAUCCUUGCUACAGCCUAGAACAGGCAGCAGAAGAAGCCUUUGUAAAUGACAUUGACGAGUCAUCCCCAGGCACUGAGUGGGAACGGGUGGCCCGGCUGUGUGACUUUAACCCUAAGUCCAGCAAGCAGGCCAAAGACGUCUCCCGCAUGCGCUCUGUCCUCAUCUCCCUCAAGCAGGCCCCCCUGGUGCACUGAAGAGCCACGCUGUGAAACACUACGUCUGCAAUAUCUUAAUCCUACUCAGUGAAGCUCUUCACCUAAUUGGAUUAAUCAUGUUGAGUUCUUUUGGACCAAACCUUUUGUCUUUAGAGUUACUCAUUGUUUGUGAUUGCAUGUUUCUUCCUUCAACUGUGUUCUCCCGGGCAGAGAGGAGGGGGAGGUGGCAGCAGGGGGAGGGAAGCCUCCCACGGUAGCAUCAACCUGUGCUUUUUGUGCAUUAUUCUGAGAAUAAAUUUGUUUUGAACAAUAAA